UACUUGGGAUCAUGAAGAAAUGCAGAAACGCAGAGGCAGUAGCAAAGCACAUCAGCAGGACAUUGAGAAACUCGAGCAUGGUCAUCUCCAACGUUAUGGGGCCAGUGGAGAAAUUGUCCCUGGCAAAUCAUCCUGUUAAAGGCAUGUACUACACCGUUGCCGGCACACCGGAGAGUCUCCGCAUAACGAUCUUCAGCUAUGCGGGAAAUCUAAGAGUAGCUGUGGGAGCUGAGCAAGGCUUCAUAGACUCCGAGCUGUACACCCGCUCCCUGGUCAAUGCUUUCGACACAAUCCUUCGCGACGCAUGUUGGAAGCAGUAGAAGCCAUUCCUAUUCCUAUUAUUCUCACCGUUCAUCGCCCUCUGAUGAAGCCCUAGUUUUCUUUUUCUCCCUUGUUUCUCGCCAUGAAGAUACAGUUAACAUGGAAGGAUCCAGACAUAUGAUGACAGGGGAAAUAUUAUUCCAAUAAAUCGAUAUAUGGCGGGAUUUGUUUAGCUUUAAACUUAGUAUAUGAGAUAUUUCUACGAGGAUCGAAAACACAAUGGAUGACGGACGAAGUUGAAAUUUUUAGUUCAUCUUAUCUGGCA